AUGGGGGGGGAAAAAACAAAAAAAAGACAUAUCGAAGAAGAAGAUGAUGAAAAAGAUGAAAAAGAUGAAAAAGAUGAAAAAGAUGAAAAAGAUGAAAAAGAUGAAAAAGAUGAAAAAGAUGAAAAAGAUGAAAAAGAUGAAGAUAAUAAUAGCGAAUUAAACGAUAUCGAUGAGGAAUUAUUUGGAAAAGAUGAACUAACAAUUUUACAAAAUAAACAAAAUUUAAGUGAUGAUUUGAGUGAAAAUGAAUCAGAAAACUUACAAUGUAAUAGUUUUCUUGGAUUUAAUGAACAAGAUUAUAUUUGUUUAGAAGAAAAUGAAACAAAUUCCAACGAAACUGAAAUAAAUAGUAACCAUAGUUGUAGUUCUGAUGUAAAAAUUGUUCAAACUUGUGUUAAUGUGGAAAAAAAAAAAAACAUGAAAAAUGAAAAAUAUAAAGAGAACAAAAUUGAAAACGAAUUAAUAAACUAUAAAGAAUUAAAAAAAAAAAAUAUAGAAAAAAAAAUUGAAGGAAACAAAUUAAUCGUAUUUUUAUUAUGUUGGUUAGGAAAUAUCUAUUUUUUAAAUAAUUUGUGUAACAAUAAAUUGAUACAAGCAAUGAUUUAUUCAGUAUAUGUAAAUUAUAAAAGUGGAAAUAAUGAUAAUAAUAAUGAUAACGUAUUAUAUAAAGAUCCAGUAUAUUUAUUUUUAUUCAUAAAAAAUAAUUUCAAAUUGGUUUUAGAUGAUACAUAUUGGGUAGCCACUGAUAGUAUAAUUAAAAAAUAUAUUCGAGGCUCAUAUAUAUUUCGAUUAAUUAGAGCUAUAAAUAGAAAAAGAGGUAAUAAUAUUUUGAUAAAUUUAUUGUUUAUUUCUUUAUGUAGAUAUUUAAAUAUUCCGAGUCGUAUUUGUAUUACAUUACCAGAUAUGAAUUCCGAAUAUAUAGACAAAAAACGUGAAAAUGAAAUUGUAAAAAUAUAUAUAAAUAAUUAUAAUUCCGAUAUUAAUAAAAACAAUUUUUUUAACAAUUAUUUUAUCUCUCAAAUUAAUAAUGAUGAUAGUAUUGAUACUCCAAAUCUUUCUGACCAAGAUGUCGUUUUUGUUCGAGAAAAUGUUUGCACACUCGGUCAAAAUGGAGGAAACGGUUCAGGAAAAGAUGCAGUAAAAUGCGGAGUAAAAUGCGGAGGAAAAAAUGUACCGUUUCAAAUAUUUUCAGAAUGCUAUUCAACCAGCUUUAAUAAAUGGAUUUCUUUCUUCUUUUGUUAUAACAUAUAUUAUUUUAAUUUUUAUAAUUUUUCAAAAAAUUUCAGUUUUAAUAAAAAUGAAACAAAGCUCUUUCACAUUUUAUUGCCAUUACCUCAAAACCCAGAGGAAAUUAGAACCUUAAAAAAAAUCAAAAAAAUAAAAUCUAUUUCUGAAUUUUCGAAAUCUUUAUUUAUAAAUCAUCGAAAAAAUUCAGAUAAAGAAGAUACAGAUCAAACUCAAGAUAGUGAUAUUGAAUAUAACGAAAAAAAUAAUCAUAAUUCAAAUAUAAACCAAACAAACGAUCAAGUUAUAAUAAUAAGUGAAACAUCGGAAGAUGAAGUGGAAAAAAGUCCAAAUAUUUCCAAAAAAAAGAACGAAAAAAAGAACGAAAAAAAGAACGGAAAAGAGAACGAAAAAAAUGCUAAUCACGAAUACAAGAGUGGAUGUGGCCCUGAUAAUAUUCACGAAUUAAAAAUGUUAAACAUGUUAAACAUGUUAAACAAAAGAAAGGGUAACAGUUAUGGCGGAUUUAAAAUAUUAUGUAAUAAUUACAAAGGAAAUAUGUAUAUAGAACACAAAAAUAAAAUUUUUAUAAUUCGAAAUGUUGACAAAAAUAGUGAUAAUGUUAUAAAACCACAAAAUAUAUUAAUGGUAAUACACAUAAAAAAUGGGGAUACAUUUUCUGAAAAAAAAAAAAAAAAAAAAUUCCAAAAAAAACAAAAUUGUGAAUUAUUCAAUUUUGAAAUAGAAGAAGAAAAUAAAGAGAUAAUAAAUUCAUUUUCAAAUAUAGGUAGUCCAGAAAAUAUAAAAAAAAAAAAUAUAAAUAAUUUAGUAAAUAAUAUUAAUGAAUUAAAACAUGAAAAUAACAAAAUAAAAAAUAUAUCUAAUUUUAUAAAUCCUAUAAAAAAUAAAUCUAUAUGUUUAUAUAAUGAAUUUAUUUAUGAUCAAUAUGAAAAGUUAGUAUAUAAACAAAAUCUUAAUAAUAAAUAUAUAAAAGUGUUAAUAAAUACACAUAUGUGUAAAUAUUUUAACAAUUUAGAUAAUUAUAAUUUAUAUAUUUCUAUAAAUAAAUAUGGAAUAUUAAAAGAUAUUACAGUAAGACAUAAAUUAAAAAUAGUUAAUAAUAUAUCUACAAAUAAUUCUGAAAUUUCCAAAAAAAAAAUAUAUUUGAAUAAAAAUAUAAUUAAAGGAAAUAGAUUAUCUUCAUUAAUAAGAAAUACAUUUAGAAGUGUUUCAUAUAAAAUGAAUAAAACAAAAAAAUAUAAUGAAUUUGAAAAAAUUUUAGAUAUAAACGAUGAUAAAUAUUUAUAUAAUUUAUAUGUAAAAAAUAUGAUACCAAAAGAAAAAUCACAUUUUAUAAAAUCAGAUUAUUACAUUCUAAAAUCAAUGUUAAAAAAAAAUCAAAUUAUAUAUCCAAAUAUUCCUGUUGGUUUAUUUGGUGGUGAAAAUGUUUAUUUAAAAGAACAUUUAUAUAAUUUAAAAAAAAGAGAAUUCAUAGAAAAUAAAAUUUAUUAUAUUAGUGAUACUGAACAACCUUUAAAAUUCGAUUAUGAUUCUUUUACGAAAUCUAAGAUCCCUCUUUAUGCUGAUUUUCAAAAAAAGUUGAGAAGCCCAAGUUCGUGCACUCCUCAGAAUGCCAUUAAAAGUUUCGAUAAAAAUGGGGGGCAAAAUGGGGGGCAAGAUGUGGGGCAAAAUUUGGGGCAAAAUUUGGACAAAAAUUUGGACAAAAAUGUGAAUCAAAAUUUGGGGCAAGAUGUGGACAAAAAUAUGGGCCAAUUUGAUUACAUUUAUAGCAAACAAGAAAAGAUUCAAAAAUUGAAAAAUAAACUGCUUGCACAUUUAAAACCUAAUAAUAUAAUUGAACUAAAUAAUGAUGAUAUAUGUGUGUAUAAUAUUCAACUUAAAUAUAUAUUUAAAAAUAUUAAAGAUAAGAUUCCUUGUAAAAUAAUAUAUAAUAAUAAUCCAUAUUUUUAUAGUAAAUAUUUAAAAAAUAAUAAUAAAACAAACCCCAAAAUAUUAGCUGAUAAAAUUGUUAUAAAAAAAAAGGACUUGGAAUUAUUUAAAAAUUUAUAUUUAACACAAAAACAAAAACAAGAUGCAUUUAUAAUUGAUCAAAAAUCUAAACAAAUAAAAAAUAUGUGGAAAGUUCUUUUCAAAAGUAUAUUAUAUGAACGAGAAAAUUUACAAAUUAAUCAACAGAGAAAAAGAGCAAAGAAAAUAUACAACAUCCCACAUUUCAACCCUGAUGUAGAUCUCUAUUUUCAAAAUUAA